AGUCAGUAGUAAACGACGGUUUGUCUCAUCCAGUGCUCUCGUUUUUUGGUUAGGAAAAGCUUUUCCGCUACCUUCUAUCCCGGUGUCGCUAACGAUUUGUUCUUUCUUUUUUUUUUUGCUGUACGCAGUGGACUAUUACCAUAAAAAUUGAUCACGGCCGCUGCGGUAUUCGGGGAGGACCUAGAGAACACUGUUGAGAUCCGAAAAAAAAAUUGCUGCCCAGUUUCCAUCAGAAUAAUUUAAACGAAUAAUUAAAGUACAGCUGUGUACGCGUAGUGAAAGAAUGGAUUCCAGUUUCGACAUGAGAGUGCGGGUGAACGACGAGACGAGUUAUUAUUAUUCAUAAAAAGUCAGUGUGAAUUUCUGAUGGCACGGUUUAAUGGAGUAUACAGGAAUGUCGGAUGUGGAUUAUGCCUGGAAUAACCUGAGCGGGCGGAAGUAAGAAUCAAUUAUUAUACCGUUCGGGUACCAGCGGUAUGUGGAUAUAUGUUUCAUCUAAACGAAGUAAAUCGGUGACCAUGGAUAACACUUUUGUGAACCAUUGAAGUUUUGCGUAUGCGAAAUCUGUGCUACUGGGAAUUCAUUGUCGACGGAUAAUUCUCUCACUGCGCUGGAAAAAGGAACGUCGACGCCACUUGAACAAAGGUCGUGAUUUGCAGACAAUGCGCCGACAAAAUGAGAAUUGAUUACAGUCUCUGAAUAAAAGCAGCCGACGUCGGGAAUCCGUCACAAUAAACACGAUUGAUAAUCAGGACGAACCGAACCGCCUACCAAAGGAUGCUGCUAUGAGGCAACCAACGCUGCGGAUUUUAUUGGCACUGAUUUCGUUGCACCAUGUAACUGGAUCAAUACAAGCAGGAGGCAAAAUCGGUCCGAAUGACAACACGUUCAAGACAUUACCACGGCUCUUUUGGCAAGAAAUAUCCUCUCCCUACACCGAUCUGCCCGAUGACGACCUUGAGGAGGAGUCAGAGGAAAGCACCACCCAUCAUGACCCAUAUCCGUUCUUCGACGAUGCGAACAUGACGGCCAAUGUCACCACCCAACUGGGCAACGAUGUGUAUUUGCACUGCCGGGUGAACGACUUACGAGAACGAACCGUAUCCUGGGUACGACGGAAAGGCGACGAAAUUCAUCUAAUCACGGUCGGUCGUCAUACGUACAGUAGCGAUUCCCGGUACUCGUUACAGUACCAACCACCCAACAAUUGGCAGCUGCUGAUUCAGUACGCAAAUGAACGAGACGAGGGACAUUAUGAGUGUCAGAUUUCAUCGUAUCCUCCCUUGGUAUACCUUGUUUAUCUAAUCGUCGUCGUACCGAAAGUGGAAAUUGUUGAUGAGAGAGGUGUUGCAACAGUGGAUAAAUUUUACAAAGCUGGAAGCACUAUCGAGCUCAAGUGUAUCAUUAGCAAGGUCCCACAGCCGACCAGUUACGUGACGUGGAAGCACGGCCUAAGGAUGCUAAAUUAUGACACCAGCAGGGGCGGAAUCAGUGUAAAAACCGAUCUGCUCAUUGGAGGUGCCAUGAGCCGCUUGUACAUAGCGAAUGCCAAUCGGUACGAUUCCGGUAACUAUACUUGUGCACUAGCAGACAUCGCCCAGGCAACCGUGUCGGUUCAUGUUCUCAACGGCGAAAAUCCUGCUGCCAUGCAGCAUGGCGGAUGCGUGAAAUGGCGCCCCUUAACCAGCACAAUGCUGCUAAUUCUAGUAUUGCUCACGUGUUGUGCCCGGUGACUGUAAAUGCGUUUGUCUUGGAAGACGUUCGUUCGAUUGAUCGCUCAUCCCUGUGCGAUUGUGGUUGUAGUCCACCUACCAAAGACUAAAUUGUGUACCGUCAAAACAAAGCUAAAUAACUUUAAAUAUCUUUACACAUACGUCCGCAUCUAUGGAGUAACUAAUCGAUAUAAUCGGCAUUAAAACUCUUUCUCGUGCUAACGUGAUAUGAGUAUAAUAUUAUGUACUAGAUUUUUGGUGUAUCUUCCCUAUGAGAACAUAUGACGUAAGCAAACAAUCAAAGAUGUGCUGUUGUUUUCACUUUACCUACGAUGUACUUGAAACUCUUGCAAUUUUUCAAAACAAUUCACCGUUACUUUUACGUUUUACUUUAGUUUAGGAAAAGAACAAAUAGUUGUGCACUAAUUUUCGAACAAAAUACACACACAAUGUACAUUCUGUACCAUCCUCCGAGACUUUAUAAGAAAAUCAUACAUAAUGGUACUUCUCCAAAAUUUUAAUCUCUAUUCUAUAACGAUAAUUACCAUUCUCCAAAUGAUUGACAAAAGGUGACCAUUCCAAUCAAGUGGCUCCAGUAUAGAUAGAAUAUUUUUUGUAUUGCAAUUUUUCAUGUUCAUCCAAAACGACCCUGCUAAACUGUUUCAACUUUACGCGUAGCGAACAAGGGGGCUGCAACGCCCCUGUUUGUCAACCAAUGCCGACCAAGCCACCGGCACACCCGAACCAUGGAACUGUACACAUUUGCCCAGAACGGAUGGCAGAAACAACAAGCAAAUGAAUAGCAAAAAAUGCCCCAUAUCAUACUUUUCCGACCUUUUUCUAAUCAUUAUAAAUGCACCACAUUGUCCGAAUUGGAACAAGAUGAAAUUUAUUUAAUGUGUUUCAGGUAAGGAUAACUGAUAAUGUCACAAAACUAACGGUUGUAAUUUUCAUAGAGUAGAAUGUAAUUCUACGGUGAUUCGAUAGUGAAUAUAUGGAAGUGGAAUCUUUAUAUACCAGACAAAAUAUAACAAACCAAACCAUUGAAAAAAAAAACAUGAAGGCGCUUAACGAAAGGAAAAAUGAGUGAAAUUAGUAGUGAGUAAUUAAAACUUGACAACUGCAGAAGUGAAUGGUUCUGAACCAAACAACUGAAAAAAAAGUAUAUAUACAUUCUAUUUGUAAGUGUUUUUGCGCAUAUAAUUCUGACUGUUGGCAGAUAGAAGAAUAGCCGUUUCUGUUUUAAGCCCAGGUUCAUGAGUGAAAUAAACCGCUUUUAUAUCAACGACUCGUUAAUAUUUACAUGCAUAGACAAACUUCGUAGUUAAUUUAAUGGCUAGCAAUAUGAGGAACCAACAAACCAAUUUAUACUUUCCAGAUAUUGUACUAAAACGUGGUAGCAAAAACCAUUAGCAUUAGCAUUAGCAUUAAUUCCAACUAAUGUGUUGCGUAUGAAUAUAGAGAAAUUUAUGCUCAUACAGAAAGUGUUGUGAACAUUAUUUCCGGAUGUUUAUUUUACGAUUUCGUAUAGAUUCAGAAAAAAUAUGCAUUUUUAUAACCAUACACAUAUAAACGAAUAUAUAGUUCAACAUAACUACAAGCCCAUACUUAUAGGAAUAGAGAAGUGGAUUUUUUUAUUAAUUUUAUAAUAUUAAUACUAAUAACGAAACAAACUUAUCAAACUGAUAUGUCAAAUGAUGGUUGUGGUCAAAGCUAUAUAAUUAAUAAUAACCUAAAUAAUUCAUAUGAUGCAAACUAUUAGUAUUAGACACAGUAAAGAUAUCGUAACAAAAAUAUAUAUGAAUAAAUAGACC